AGGAAUUUUUAGAAGAGCAUUAGUUCCUUUCAACUACUCCUUAGGAUAACAUCAGCCAUUGAUUUGUGAUAUUUUGUAAAACAGCAGCAACCAUGAGUGAUAUUUACGACUAUGCCUACAUCCAUGUGAUGCGCCAUCCGGUGGAAACCAACAAAUACAGUAUUACCUCCUCUUCACCGCCUAAGCACCAUCAACAGCCACAGGAUGAAGAGAAAGAGCUUCAGCCUGAAAGGGAGUUCCAGGCAAUACCCGAAGAGCUGGAAUUAAACGAAGUCAGUACCGAUGAUUUCUCGCCAAGGGAUCUGCAAAUUUUCGUCGAUAGCCUAGAGACCAUAUCACGUCUGGAACAGGCCCGCCACGAGAGACGUCAGAGGAGAAGGAAAUCCAAAAAAUCCCCCUCCCACAAUGUAUCCAACACCAAGCGCAUGGUGACCUGUUUGGAUUCCUCCAUUGUAGAAGAGGGAGAUGUUGGCAGCAGCUUCUACAGCAACUGUGAAUCGGAUUAUAUUUACGAUGAGACCUAUGGUGGAGCGACAAGUGUGGGCCAGUGUUCGGGAACUCUCUACUCCAACAUAACCACAAAUUCCAUACGCUCCGACCUACCCCCCUCUUCACCCUCAUCGGAUUCUGAGGAAUCUGGCGUAUUCUUGGAUCAAACAUCCGAUUCGCAUGUCUAUGAAAAUAUCGAUCCGAUACGGCCGCGAUCCAAGGUGGUGUCCCAUGCCAAAAAUAAGUCUCUCAAGUCCCGGCUCAUUGCUCUCAUUAUGAAGAAGCAAUACGCUAGGCCGGCCGCACCCUCCACUGAAAUGCUUUCGUCCACCACAAUUGGCGAGCAAUUUGAGGAGACCGAAAUCUAUGAUCGGGUCAUUAACGAGGCCAUACACCAGCAGUUUGUGAAAAAUCCCAAGAAGGGCAAAAAGAAGUAUGCGUCCAAGUCGAAGUCGGAGAGCCAGCCGGAAGAAAAGUUUCUCGACAAGGCAAUGCGUUUUUUGACUCUGUGAGAGAGCGUUCCCACCUACUCCCUCCAUUUCGUCCUUCCCUUCCUCAAAGGAGAACAGCUAAACUCUGGAUUCUGCAACAGCAUCCAAGUGAUACGAUUAAGUUAAAAAUUAUUUUUUUCCUUUAAAUUUUAGUUUUUAAGUAAAGCCCAGCAAACAAUUCAGAACAAAAAAAUGUAAAACAUUUAAAUUUGAUUUUCAAGAAA